UUCUAACGUCACAUAAACAGUAUUAUGCAGAUUGAUAUGCCCUAUAUAUAAUAAUAUCUAUUUGGCCUUUCUACUGAAUAAAUAUAAAUAUGUGUCUUUAUGUCUAUAUGAAUAUUGGAGAUUUGACCAAACGCUUGUGAAAUGGGCCUUAUCAGCGACAUAGUUCUUUAUCUAUUGCACCACGGGAACACCAUUCUUGAGAUUCUUUUCACACCUGAUACAUCCGCUAUAGUUUUAACCUUUUGAAAUAGAUACGUUUAUGUUUAACUCUAACGACCCUGUUCAGAUGCAUACAAUUAUCCGCAUAUGAAUGUUUACACAGGUAUCUAACAAUACACAGGUAAAUAGUACAUAUGAACGCAAUCACACAUAUGAGUAAAUAUGCCAGGUGUGAAAACCUACUUCAAGUCAAGAGGUAGUGUAAAUGUAUAUUUGCACAUAUUAAUAUCUCCCUCGUGUAUAUUUUAGUCAGGUGAACGCACAGCAAAAUUACACGUGAGAAGUUGGAGUGUGUUGGGCUAUUUUUAGAAUGAGACGAUUGCAUCAUGCCAUUUUCAUGUGUCUUUCAAAUAAACUCUUGGAGCUCUCGACAAAGGUUAAACUGUUUCAUCAACGACAUACUGGCUCGAAAUGACACGGGAUAGAAGUAUGAACGAUUUUCAUAAUCUGAUAAAAACUGGAGACAAGUACCUGGUAGCAAAGCACAUAGCGGUAAACACAAUCAAAGCUGACAAUUACUACAGGAGUGUUAAAAGCACCACCCGGAAUCGCCUUAUACGUGCUGUAGGCGUGGCAGCUUAUGGGGGACAUGUGGAGUUGGUGAGAUACCUCAUAUCCGAGGGCUUUGACAGAUACGAGCACAGUUUUCACGAAGGGUUCCCUGGCUGCAGUCCUCUUCAUCUGGCAUGCGAGAUGGGACAUCUGAACGUCGUUAAAGUACUUGUGGAGGAGCAUGGUGUUGAUGUGAACAGGGAGACACACUUUUCCCCUCUACAUUGGACAGCAAGAAGUCGUAUGUUUGGAACCGAGGCGCAGCUUCUGGUGAAUGUCGCGAGGUAUUUAGUAGAGGCAGGGGCACAUGGUGACACCAGGGAAAAGAACGUCAUAUUCGGGGCCGCAGCUGACAGCAAAUGUCCCGAAAUCUUGGACUUCCUUGUUGCCAAUAAUCCGGAGGUGUACACCAAUCCAGAGUACGACUACACACCCCUACAUACAGCUGCACGUGGAGGAUUCACGAGCACAGCACGUGCUUUACUUGAAGCAGGCGCAGACGUGAAUCAGAUCAGCCAUGACCGUGAAACCCCGUUCAUAGAAGGCAUAGUCUCGGGUAAGACAGACAUGUUGAAACUGUUAACAUCCUAUGGAGCAGACCCUGAGAUAGCCGAGAGUUUUGGGAACACUCCUCUACAUCAGGCAAUUUGGUACCAUCUCUACAACAUCGUUCAUUACUUACUAGUUGACCUGAACGUCGCCCUGCACAAAACUGACAGCUGUGGCCGAACUCCGUUUGCAGUUUUGAUCAGGUUUGACGGCCCUAAAGAUGAGGAAACGAUCGUUCUUGCCGAGCUUCUUGUGGCAUCCGGGCAUAAUCCCAUUGAAGCUCUGUCGCCAUGCAUGGACGACGUCAGUGACGUCCCCUGGACCGAUAUGAUUAAUCGGUUCCAGACCAUCGCGACUAACCCACGAACACUGAAGGACUUGAGUGUGAUGAAUAUCAGAAGACGGCUCGGUAGGAAGAUUUCGGGUGUAGAAUCGUUUUCUCUUCCACAGAUUGUGAAAGACGCCAUCACACUGCGUAAUAAAGACUGGACUGCCUUGUGUAGCUCUUGUACUGAGGUGGAAUAAGGAGAAACAAUUUCCUAGUAUAUUUCAUGUAAUAUGUUUUAACCGGGCACUUAACGGAUGCCUGAUGUAGUAAGAAACUAAAGCAGUAAUAAAGGAAUCGGUGAUAGCAGUUUACUUGGACUGUACCUUGAACUGUUGUAUGUUUGUUGUUUAACGCCGCACUUGACAAUAUUCCAGCUAUAAUGACGGCAGCCCGUUAGUAAUCGAGUCU